GGUGAGAAGCAGAAACCUCAGGACUGUUUGGAGGUUGAGUGACUACUGCUGCAUUUGUAAUGGUACACUUGCUAGCAUUCUUCUGUCUUUGCUGCAUUCAUCUUACAAGACAAAAGAUUUGUAGUGCCCCAGGUGAUCUUCCUCCACCUAAGAUGCUCCUGAACAGUUCAUCCCGUGAUAAAGGAGGCACAGUUUUGCUUAAAUGCAUAAUACCACUAAGCCAUCCAUUUACCCGGGUGAUUUUAUGUAAAAAUGGGAUAGAAAUGUCAUCACAGCAACAGAAGGACAGUAAAUUUGGAUAUGACUUUUAUUAUAACAUAUCAACAAGCAGUGCAGUACAGCUUUCCUGUAUGUAUCAGUACAAGUACGACAACAACCAGGUGAAGAAUUCUCAUCUAAGUAAGACCAAGUACCUCAGUGUUCCGGGUCCCCAAAAUAUUACCAGUUCCUUCGAUCACCAAAGUACAUCAUUUCCCCUAGCAGUAGGAGCUGGCAUUACAAUUGCUUUCAUCUUUAUCUUGGCUGCAGUGUAUUACAUGCUGGAGAAAAGAGUAAAAUGGAGAGCAACCAGAGAGCAUGGCAUGCCCACCUCAGAUACAGAAGCUGAAAAUCAGUCAAGGGACCCAUCAGUUGAUCCACUAGAUGAGGAUAAUUCCAUGCGUUUCUAUUCGGAAGUAAGUCCAGUUGAAUUCAAUGGAACUUACUGUCAGGUGCAGGAAACCCAAGCGAUGAUAUUUCCAGUCUACAGCUCUGUGACCGUUAAGAAGAAACAGGAAGCUCAUCAUACUGUAGAAUUUCAUGAGGUCCAGGAAGCCAAAGAAAUGAUACAUCCAGACUACAGCUAUGUGAACAUUAAGUAGAAAUUGAAAGCUCACCGUAUUCUUGAGUUCCAUGAGGAAGAAGUUUGAUCUCCAGCUGCCUAGCCUCAAUAAUCCCAAGCAAUUUCAAAAUGCUGGCUAGCCACCACCGUCCUGAAAACCAUUUUUCAUUUCUAUCGGAUGCAUGAUUCUAUCUGACAA